UCCGAGCAGUGCUGGUGGAAUUCUUUUUAAAACGCUGUUCAUUUCCGCAGAUAAAGUAGUUUUUAUUGGUGUUGUUGGCAGAGAGACUGAUGAAGAUGAGGGUUCUGUGGCUGAUAUUUACAUCACUGAUGUGUGUGGAGGGCCAACAGAGAGGUCUGUUUCCUGCCAUUCUAAAUCUCGCCAGCAAUUCGGAAAUCACCACUAACGCCACCUGUGGCGAGCCGGACCAAGAGAUGUACUGUAAACUCGUGGAACAUGUUCCAGGAAGACGAAUCAGAAACCCUCAGUGUCGGAUCUGUGAUGCAAACAGCCAGAAUCCUAAAGAGCAACACCCCAUUACUAAUGCAAUCGACGGCACCAACCAAUGGUGGCAGAGCCCCAGCAUCAAAAACGGCCCUCAGUUCCACUGGGUCACCAUCACAUUGGACUUGAGACAGAUCUUUCAGGUCGCUUACAUCAUCAUCAAAGCAGCGAACUCGCCACGGCCAGGUAACUGGAUUCUGGAGCGUUCUCUGGACGGUGUUGAAUUCCAGCCGUGGCAGUACUACGCCAUCAGCGACACAGAGUGCUUGACCCGCUACAACAUCACGCCUCGCCUCGGCCCACCCACAUACAAGAGAGACGAUGAGGUCAUCUGUACGUCGUACUAUUCACGACUGGUGCCGCUGGAGCACGGAGAGAUCCACACGUCUCUUAUUAACGGUCGCCCUAGCGCAGACGAUCUGACCCCUGAACUUCUGGACUUCACCUCAGCCCGAUAUAUCCGUCUGCGACUGCAGAGAAUCCGAACGCUUAACGCCGACCUCAUGACCCUCAGCUACCGUGACCCCAAAGACGUCGACCCAAUUGUCACCCGACGGUAUUAUUACUCUAUCAAGGAUAUCUCAGUGGGCGGGAUGUGCAUCUGUUAUGGCCACGCCCAGAGCUGCCCCUGGGACUCUGUUACCAAGAAACUUAAGUGUGUAUGUGAGCACAACACUUGUGGUGAAAAUUGUAAUGAGUGUUGCCCAGGAUACCAUCAGGAGCCAUGGCAACCUGGAACGCUUUCCGACGGAAACACAUGCGAGAAAUGCAACUGUCACAACAAGGCGGACGUCUGUUACUACAACCAGACUGUGGCGGAUCUCAAGUUGAGUCUGAACACACACGAACAGUUUUUAGGAGGAGGCGUGUGUAUCAACUGCUCUCAGAACACUGCAGGAGUCAACUGCCAAACCUGUGCAGAUGGCUACUACAGACCACACAAGGUGUCUCCAUACGCUGAUAACCCAUGUGUCAGGUGUCAGUGUGACAUGAGUGGAUCAGUCAGUCCCGUGUGUAUCAGAGACGAUCAUCACGCUGAUCCAGACACAGGUUUGACUGCAGGUCAGUGUUUGUGUAAGGAGGGUUUUGCGGGUGAUAAGUGUGACCGCUGUGCAUUCGGCUUCAGAGAUUUCCCACUCUGCACCCGCUGCGAGUGUAACCUUGAUGGAAGUCACAACAUCGACCCCUGCCGAGAGUGUGUGUGCAAGGUGAAUGUGAUGGGCUCAAACUGUGAUCUGUGUAAGCAGGGCUUUUAUAACCUGCAGGCCAGUAAUCCAGAAGGAUGUACAGAGUGUUUCUGUUUCGGAGUGUCAGAUGUGUGUGAGAGUUCAACCUGGUUCACUGACUCGGUGAUGCACAGAGACGCUGUUCUCCUCCGAUCUGUUCAGAGUUCCACCAUCUUCACGUCUCCUAUCUCUGAAGAGAACCUCAUCAUCUCCAACUCCACGGCGAGCAUAGGCGCAGUGUCACUGUGGUCGUGGGCCGCACCGGAGUCUUUCCUCAAUAAUAAGCUGACGUCAUAUGGAAGUGUCUUGAGCUACAGCGUCGCGUAUGACAUAUCCGAAGAGAACGUGGACAAAACCCUUCACGCACAUUUCAGUGUCGUUAUUGAGGGUAACGGUCGUGCGCUGAGACAGAUGUUGUCUAAACGUUUGCUGCUAAACGCUCAUCGAGAGCAGCACGUCACACUUCAGAUCCAGCCACAUGCAUUCAUGGACGCUCACAGUGGAAAGAGAGUUCACAGAGAUGAGUUAAUGACGGUACUGGCAGAUGUCGCUGCGAUCAGGGUUCGAGCACAGAUGGAGGGCAACGCUGAGGGAACGCUCAGACUGAGCACUGUGUCUUUAGGUGUUGGAGAUUCAAACGCUGGUUUCUCGAAGAUCUCUCCAGACGUGGAGCAGUGCGAGUGUCCGUGGGGAUAUUCAGGCACUUCCUGUGAGUACUGCAUUCCCGGGUUCUAUCGGGUUGGUGGGGUUUUGUUCGGAGGAAACUGUCUUCAGUGCGAGUGCAAUGAUCACGCCACUGAAUGUGACAUCAACGGAGAGUGUCUGGGCUGUUCACACAACACCACUGGGCCUCACUGCGAUCAGUGCUUGCCAGGUUUCUAUGGCGACCCCAGUGAGGGCGCAAAGGAUGACUGCCAACGAUGUGCGUGCCCUCUGACACUGGCGUCAAACAAUUUUAGCCCGACGUGUGUGCUAGAGACUCCUGGAGAUUUCAGCUGUGAUCAGUGUGAACUGGGAUACACCGGAACCAAGUGUGAGAGGUGUGCUAACGGUUAUUAUGGCGACCCAACAGCCCCGGGUCAGCAGUGUUCAGUGUGUGAGUGUAACGGUAACGUGAACCCAUCCGAACCUGGUCACUGUGAUGCCCUCACCGGAGAGUGUCUGAAGUGUUUGGGUCACACGUCAGGUCGCCACUGCGAGCGCUGUCAGGAUGGUUUUUAUGGCGAUGCCGUGACUGAGAAAAACUGCCAGGCCUGUGGUUGCUAUGGUAACGGCUCUCUGUCCAACAUCUGUGAUGUGAUCACGGGUCAGUGUGAAUGUAAAGCCAAUGUGGUUGGACAGUCAUGUGCUCACUGUCAGGAGGGUUAUUAUGGUAUUAACAGCAACGAUGGUUGCAGGCUGUGUGAAUGUAGCCAAUCGGGCUCUCUGUCUGCAUCAUGUGAUGAGGAGGGGCGGUGCCAGUGUAUAACAGGAGUGAGGGGCGAUAAGUGUGAGCGCUGUGAGCGCGGAUACUAUGACUUCAAAGAGAACGGCUGCACACCGUGUGAUUGCGCACACACACACGGGAACUGUAACGCCUCGACGGGUGAAUGUAUCUGCCCCCCACACACACACGGACUCAAGUGUGAAGAGUGUCAGGAAUAUCACUGGGGUCACGACCCCGUGUCCGGAUGUAAGGCAUGUGACUGCAGUGUUGUUGGCUCAAGCUCAUCUCAGUGUGAUCUGAUGAGCGGUCAGUGUCUCUGUAGAACACAGUUCUCAGGUCUGCAGUGUGACCGCUGCACUUUAGGCUACAAACACUAUCCAGAAUGCACCGCCUGUAACUGCGACAUCAACGGCACGCAUGAGGAGCUCUGUGAUUGGACGCUGGGAGUUUGUGGAUGUGAAGAUCACGGAUGGUGUUCAUGCAAGGAAAACGUUGGUGGCUCUGGAUGUGAUGAGUGUAAGAACGGGACGUUUGGACUUUCGGGUCAAAACCCGUCUGGCUGCAGUCCCUGCUUCUGUUUCGGGGUGUCCAGUCAAUGUGAGGAGCUGGGAGGUCUGAUCCGAGUGCCGAUCACGCUGGGUUCUGAUCCGGCUCUGUUGCGUGUAGUGUCUCAGAGCGACCUGCAUGGAACGCUAGAGGGCGUUUAUUAUGCCGAGCAGGAGAUGCUGUUAGACGCGUCUCACCUUCACAAUCUGUCUGUCCUCACUGGACCGUAUUACUGGAGACUACCACAACAGUACCACGGUAACAAGCUGCUGUCAUACGGAGGGAAACUCUUCUACACGGUGGCGUUCUUCGCUCUCGAGGGAUACGGACUGGCCAAUCACGAGCCUCAGGUUCUGAUGAGGGGCGGACACCUCAGGAAACUGGUCAUCUACACAGAUAUUCCUGCACCGGAAAACAGCGUCCGCACCACACAGGAAGUGCCCCUGACGGAGCACAAGUGGAAAUAUUUCAACUCCGUGUCUGAUAAAGCCGUGAGUCACGCCGACUUCAUGUCAGUGUUGAGUAAUGUGGAGUACAUCAUCAUCAAAGCAUCGUACGGAUCGGGACUGCAGCAGAGCAGGAUCUGUAAUAUCUCCAUGGAAACGGCGUUGGAGGCGGACGAGGUCCCUCAGGGUGGUGAGACGGCGAGACUGGUGGAGACGUGCGAGUGCCCGCGGGGAUACGCUGGACUCUCAUGUCAGGAGUGUGCUCCAGGAUAUUACCGUCAGCCCGUGUCUCAACUCAAUAUGAAGGGCAUAAACCGCCCGCUUAUUCAGCCCUGCGUCCCGUGCCAGUGCAACAACCACAGUCUGUCAUGUGACUUGGACACGGGCAAGUGUCUGGGUUGUCAGCACAACACCGCAGGAGAGCACUGUCACGUGUGCGCCCCGGGGCAUUAUGGGAAGGUACAGGGCUCCAUCGGGGACUGUUCACAGUGUGCCUGUCCACUGAUGGGUCAAAGUUUCAGCUCCACGUGUGUUCUUGAGGGUGCUGGAGAUUUCCGCUGCGAUCGCUGUGAGGAGGGCUACGAGGGGCGUUACUGCGAGAGGUGUUCAGUCAGUUACUAUGGUAACCCCUCGGAGCCGGGUGGGCGGUGCCAGAUGUGCCAGUGCAGCAGGGCAGGGUCCGUGCACAACAUGUGCGAUGGACGCACUGGCAAAUGCGACUGUAAACUCGGGGUCAGAGGUCAUCUGUGUGACCAGUGCGAGGAACGCCACGUGCUGGUCAACGAGGAGUGUGUUUCCUGUGAUGAUGACUGCACCGGUGUUCUGCUGGAUGAUCUGGACACUUUAGACGGAUCCAUCAUGUCGCUGAAUCUGACCGGGGUCAUCCUCGCCCCCUACAGUCAACUCAUGACUCUAGAGAACCAGACGAGAGAGGUCAAGAGUUUGAUGUCAUGGGAGCAGAGCCCAAAUUAUCAUCUGACCACUGGAGAGGAGAACUUGAACAACCUGACCAAUCAAAUCACCGAUCUACAGCAGCAGGUUCAGGGUUUGUUCAGUCACAGUGAAGAUGUGCUGCAUUCCUCUGAAGAGACGUUCACUCGUGGAGAAGUACUCAUGAACUUCAUCAUCAAAAUACACUCUACCAUUCAAGGUGUGAUAGAUCAGGUGAGUUCUGUAAAUGAGACGGAUGAUGAAGUUCUGGACGAUGUGAACAGAACUCUCCUGCUGGAGGAGAGCAGAAUGGCGCUGGAGAAGAUCAGAGCGAUCAACAUGACACACUGCAGCACGACUGCGCAGACGCAACUCAGUUCUGCAGUGUCUGUACUCCAGAGAGUUCAAGAGAAGAUAUCACAACCCUAUGAUCACAUCCAAAUGAGACAGCAGAACAUCUCCACAACACUCUCCAGACACCACCAUCAGCUGCUGGAGGCCCAGGAGGCCCUGAACACGGCCAGAAACCACAACAACCACACUGAACAUCUACUGAAGGACAUCCACAGAAACAUACUGGAGUUCACGAUCUUUAAGAACAAUGUGAGCGGUGUGAACCAGGAAGUAGAAUCACAGCUAGAGGAAGCUCAAGAUCUGUUGACCGAUGCUCUCAAUAUAGCAGAAGACAUGAGCAACGCCACAGCUAGUCUGGAUGAGCUGAGGAAUGACCUGGAACUGUUGAGUCCAUCUCUCAGGAAACAUGUGGACACGUUAGUGAUGGAGUUGACGAGCAGAGACGCUCUACAGCUGGUGUACAGAGCUGAAGACCACGCUCAAGAUCUCAGCAGACUAGCAGAAGACCUGAACAGUUCCCUGUCUGACGUGAGAUCUGCAUCUCUGAAUGCCACCGGUGCCACUUGGGCCAACGCCAACAUCACAACUGAUAUACAGCUGGCAGAAGAGCUGGCUCACGCAGCCAAUCAGAAUGCAAGCCUCGCCCUCAAUCUGACUUCAGAGUCUAAACACUCACUCACUGAUCAAGGAAACGCAACGCUUCAAACAAGCUCAAAGAUUCUGGAUGCCAGCAGAUCUCUGAUGAACGACACAGAGGGGCUGGUGUUUAAUGUCAGUGAAGUAUCGAGCAGGUUGAAUCAGGUUGGAGCGAAUGUUCAAAACUUCACACAAAUGCUCCCAGAAGCCCUGAACAUCCUACAAAGCCUUCCUAAUGGCAGCAGAGCUGUAAUUCUCGAAGCUAAACAUCAGGUAGAGGCGGCCAAUGUAUCUGUACAGAAAGCUCUGGAACGUUUGGAAGAUUAUCGUAUGAAGCUUGAGGAAUCUUCAUCCACCAUCAGCUCAGCCCAUAACAGCAUCAGGAAUGCCAACCAGCUAUUCAGAGAUUCAGAGGACACCACCAGUGCAGCUCAAACCAAACUGAAUGAAGUUCAAGUGAAAGCCGAGCGACUCUUUGAGCGCCUGAAGCCUCUGCAGAUGUUGGGUGAGAACCUGAGCAGAAACUUGUCAGAAAUCAAAGAGCUGAUCAAUCAGGCCCGUAAACAAGCGGCAUCGAUUAAGGUGGCGGUUUCGGCUGAUCGCGAUUGUGUCCGAGCGUACAAACCAGAGGUGACGUCCAGUAACUUCAACACUCUCACACUGACCGUAAAGACCACUGAAGCGGAUAAUCUGCUCUUCUAUAUGGGCAGCAGCCUGAGCGAGGACUUUAUGGCUUUGGAAAUGCGUCAUGGGAAGGCGUCAUUCCUGUGGGAUACUGGAUCUGGACACACCAGACUAGAGUAUCCCAACGUAAGGAUCAACAACGACAAGUGGCACAGAAUCAAUGCCACCAGAUUUGGAAAACACGUCACCCUUACAAUACAGCAGACGGACUCUGAGCCGUUACCUGUGGUGAAGACCACAGCGACUGGUUCCUCCAUCAUCAUGGACGUCAACAAAUCCACCUGGGUGUUUGUGGGGGGUUUGGGUGGCCAGGUGAAGAAAUCUCCAGCAGUGAAAAUGACUCAUUUCAAAGGCUGCAUGGGUGAAGCAUCACUCAACGAGAACAACAUUGGAUUGUGGAACUACGCUGAGAGGGAGGGAGAGUGUGGUGGAUGUUUCAUGAGUCUACGCACAGAAGACACCUCGUUCCACUUUGACGGCAGCGGAUACUCUGUGGUUGAGAAAUCUCUUCGUGUGAUGUCCACCAGCGCCAUCAUGUUCUUCAGAACUCUUUCUCCAAACGGUCUGCUGCUCUAUUUGGCCUCCAACGGCACGAGAGACUUUUUAUCCAUAGAGUUGGUCGAAGGAAAAGUUCUCCUGACCUUUGAUCUGGGAUCAGGAGCUCGCACCUUGAGCUCUAACAAAACGUACAACACAGGCGCCUGGUACAGAAUCGCUCUACAGAGAAACAAACGCAAAGGUCAUUUAUCGGUGAUGGCGGCUGAUAACCCAUCAGACAGAGAGGUCAUUGAGGGUGAGUCACCAGGUUUGGCCUCUGAUCUCAAUCGCUCUGACCUCGACCCUAUUUACAUCGGUGGCCUGCCAGCCUCUCGACCAAUCAGGCGGCAGGUCGCGCGCUCUUUUGUCGGCUGUAUGAAGAAUGUUGAAAUCGCUCGCACAAACUUCGACCUGCUCAGAGAGUCAUAUGGGGUGAAGAAGGGUUGUGUUCUGAAGCCCAUUCGCAGUGUGUCUGUGUUUGGUGAUGGUUAUCUGGAGAUGCCUGCGGUCAUCAUGACUUCUCACACUGAGAUCAUGGCCAGCUUCUCCAGCAGACGAGACAGUGGCAUCAUUCUGGCAGGAUUCAGCAGGACCGCCGGACGCUCACGCAGACAGACGCAGCAGUCCUUCCUGUCCGUGAGGCUCGUGUCUGGCGAUGUGGAGGUGCUUGUGGGCGUGGCAGAGGGCGGGGCUGUGCACAAAGCGGUCGUCAAAUCACGUAACGGCUCGUUCAGUGAUGGAAGGGAGCAUUCGCUCAUACUGCAAAGGAGCAAAAGGACCAUCUCAGUGUUUGUGGAUGAGGAGUAUCAGGCCGCAAUGAAGCUCAGCUCUUCUGCUGAUAAAGCUCUGACUCUGGGUCAGCUGUACAUCGGCGGCGUUCCUCCAGGAGAGGGCACUGCAGUGACAGGCUCCAGUCCCUCGUUCUAUGGCUGUAUCAGGAACUUGGCAGUGGACUCCAUGUUGUUGGAUCUGUCAGGCGCUCUGCGGUAUGAUUAUGUUGAUAUGGACAGCUGUUUACUGGAGGAGAGACCCAAACGUGUGCUAUUGCCUGAUGAUGUGGAGGUGGAGCCGACCUCUGACCCCAUCACACAACCUCUGUCACCUGCAGCAGAGCUCAGCGCGAUCACAGUGGGCAGCACUAGUUGUGUUGUCAUGGAUAACACAGAGAGCAUCCCAGAAGCCCACCAGUUUGGACUGUCCCGACACAGUCACAUGAUCAUGAGCUUCAAGAACAAGACGGUUAGAAUGAGUUUUACAGUCAAACUAUCUGUACGGACGUUCGCUCAGAGCGGUGUUUUGUUCUACAUGGCAAAUGCAAACCAGCAGGAUUAUGCCAUUCUGCAGCUGCACGCCGGGCGACUGGUGUUCUCAUGUGACCUGGGCAAAGGACCCGCCACCGCCACGCUGCCCGCGAUCAUCAACGACGGCGUCUGGCACACCGUGAGGGCAGAGUUCAGUAAGAAAGCUGUGAUGCUGAGUUUGGACGGGUCAGACUCUGAACGCACCCCCACUAAAGGACACACGCUCGAUGUGGAGGGGAAGUUGUACAUUGGCGGACUACCUGCCACAUACACCACCAAGAGAAUUGGAAAUGUGACGCACAGUGUGGCGGCCUGUCUGCAGAACAUCAUGUUUAACAGCAUUCAGAUGAACCUCAACAGUCCAGUAUCUUCUCAUGCUACGGGUUCCUGCUUCAACAAAGCUCAGGAUGGAACGUUCUUCAAUGGCAGCGGAUAUGCCGCUUUCAUGAAAGAGGGUUAUAACGUGGGCUCAGACGUGACGGUGAGGUUCGAGUUUCGCUCUACGGCGCUGGAUGGCGUUCUGUUGGGCAUCAGCAGCACUAAAGUGGACGCGAUCGGCCUGGAGCUCGUUAACGGACAGGUGUUGUUUAACGUGAAUAACGGCGCGGGUCGCAUCACAGCCAUCAGCAGGAGCAGCGUGCCCAUGUGUGAUGGACGCUGGCGCACCCUGGUGGCUAAGAAGCAAAAGCACAGCUUGAGUCUGGCCAUAGACGGCGUUACCGUGACAACAGAGAACCCGUAUUCCUCCUCCACAUCAGCUGAGACCAAAAACCCCAUCUAUGUGGGCGGAUAUCCAGCCGAUGUGAAGCAGAACUGUCUCAGCACGAGAGAAUCGUUCCGUGGCUGCAUGAGGAAUCUGCGUGUUUUUAAGGGUCACGUCACGGAUGUUCUAGACUUCAGCUCUGCGUUUGCUCAUCCUCAUGUCUUCCCUCAUUCCUGCCCUACAAAUUCUGCAUAACUCCCGUACAACCAUGUUUUACCCAAGAAUUCUCAAUAGAAAUAUGUUUUUCAUCUGAAUGAUUUGUGUACUUAAGAGUUCAUAGUCACAAAUGUUGUUGCUGUGUUUAGAUGUGAUAUUUGCUAAUAAAACAUUUC